UGCAUUGCUUCAUGUCCGUACGGCAUCAUCCGCCGUCAAACAAGUCCAAUUCAUUUCCAAUUCUCUCCUAGUUAUAGCUUCUCCGUCCCUCACUCACUUUCCAGUACAGCUCGAUCACCAGCCCCUUGCAGGGCUUCAGCGUUCGCAAUGGCCUCCCCAGCAGCAGCGUGCAGCCUCCCGACCCACACAGCGCCUUCCCUCGACGACAAACCAGCGGACGAGGCCGGCCUCCGCCGCCUGAGACGCCGCCGGCGCCGCCGCUGCAUCUGCAUCUGCGCCCUGGUCACCCUCGGCGUGCUCCUGCUCCUGGGCGUCACCCUCCUCGUCCUCUUCCUCACCGUGUUCCGCGUGCGCGACCCCACCACGCGCCUGCUCUCCACCCGCCUCGUCGGCCUCGCGCCCAGCCUCACCCAGCCCAACUUCACGCUGCUGCUCACCGUGGCUGUGCACAACCCCAACCCGGCCUCCUUCUCCUACGCCUCCGGCACCACGGGCCUCUGGUACCGGGGCGCCCACGUCGGCGACGCCCAGGUCGACCCGGGACGCAUCCCUAGCAAGGGGGACGGCGUCGUGCAGCUGGAGAUGACGGUGCUCACCGCCGGCUUCACCAAGGACAUGGCACAGCUGAUUAGGGACAUCGAGGCCGGGUCGCUGCCACUGGACGCCAACGCCAGGAUCCCGGGGAGGGUGGCCGUCCUGGGCGUGUUCAAGCUCAACGUCGUCGCCUACUCUGACUGCCACAUCGUCGUCGGCUUCCCGGACAUGGAGAUCCGAGGCCAGGACUGCCGCGACCACGCUAAGCUCUGAUCGGCUUGGUUGUUGUUCGUUUUAUGGCAUGCCAGGGAGACCGUGCUCAAUGGAUCUCGAGUUUCUUAUAUGGUGCAUCAGCAUGAUGAUACUUGAUCCUCUCUAUACUCUAGCAUGAGUAAAUCUUUCCCUAAUAAUAUUAAAGGAUGGAUUGUUUCUCCAUUAUUUUUGGUCCAUCAGAUGUUUUUCGUACGUUUUUAUGUCUUUUCGUCCGUCGCCAUUUUCCGUUAAAAAAAGUAAAAGAAAAAGCUUCCGCCCGGACUCAAACCCGUGCCACGUUAUGUUGAGCAACAACGCAACAACCAGUUCAACUGGGCAGUGCUUUCUGGAAAUAAGGAGGAGUACGACCUUUUAUAUGCUCCUCUCCGGCCCGCCCUAUUGGGCCGGCCCAUUAGCGGGGCGGGACUUCCCUUUUCUUAUUUUGUUUUUUCUUUUCUUUUUCUUUUUUUUCUUUUUUCCUUAUUUAAAAUAAUUUGGGAUUUCAGAAAGUUCCAAAUUUCAAAAGAAAUAUGAACAUUGAAAAAUGUUUUAGAAACCGUGCACUCUAUUAGGCUGGCCCAUGAGCGGGGAGGGAUGCCACUGUUUUUUUAUUUCAUUUUUUCUUCUUUAAAUAAUUUAGGAUUUCAGAAAA